AUGGUCGCCUUCACAUCCGCGGAGAAAGCCCAAACGGGCGCGUCAGAUCCCAUUCUGACUCGUCUUGUUGAGGAGGAUACGGUGCCGUGGUACCGGAAGUCGAACUUGCGAUUGCUAUACUUGCUGCUCUUCCCUACGUGUAUGGGCAUCGAGCUGACCUCCGGUUUCGACUCGCAACUCAUCAAUGCUCUUCAAAUCGUACCUUCGUGGAUAGAUUAUUUCGAUGACCCUGAAGGUCCUAUCAAGGGUAUUAUCGCGGCUUCGUACUCUCUUGGUGCCAUUCUGUCUUUGCCUUUCAUCGGCAUCGUGAAUGACAAAUUUGGCCGGCGUUGGUCAAUCUUCGGCGGUUCAGUGAUUAUGGUAAUUGGGGCUCUUAUCCAAGGUCUUUCUGUCAAUGUUGCUCAAUACAUUAUCGCACGUUUGAUAUUGGGUUUCGGUAUUCCGACCUGCAUCGUGUCAGCUUCCUCUCUUAUCGGCGAACUGUCAUAUCCCAAAGAGCGCCCAGUGUUGACAUCGCUCUUCAACGUCUCGUACUUCGUCGGACAGCUGCUAGCUGCAGGAAUCACCUUCGGCACUAACAGCAUCAUGAGCAAUUACGCCUGGCGCAUUCCGUCAUGGUUGCAAAUGGUCCCCUCGCUCGUUCAAAUUACCUUCAUAUUCUUCGUCCCGGAGUCUCCCAGAUGGCUUAUUACCAAGGAGCGACACGAGGAGGCGUUCAAAAUUCUUGCUAAAUACCAUGCCGAAGGUGAUCGCGAGUCGCCAUUCGUCAAGGCUGAGUUUGCGCAGCUGCAGACUACUAUUAACAUUGAGUUGGAGCACUCAAAGAAAUCGAUGAUAGACCUCGUUCGCACGAGCGGUAAUCGGCGCCGUUUGCUUCUCAGCACUAUGUUAGGAUUGUUCACGCAGUGGUCUGGUAAUACACUUAUCUCAUACUACCUGGGCGAUAUUCUUGAGGCUAUUGGACAGACCGACUCAGUGUUCAAGCAGAAGAUCAAUGUAGCUAUUGCUGCAACGAGCUUGGUGUCUGGAACGAUCGCAUCUCUUCUAGUCAAGCGAUUCCGACGCCGUGUAAUGUACCUGGCGUGCACAUGCAGCUUGUUAAUCGUAUACAUAAGCUGGACAAUUUCAAUGAAAUAUGCGAUCGACGGCAAGAACUCUGGCGAACUGAAUGCUGCCGCCGGUGGCGCCGUGCUAUUCUUCAUCUUCGCCUACAGUCCCGCCUAUAACAUAGGAUAUAAUGCUCUCACUUAUACCUACAUGAUCGAGAUUUGGCCGUACGCAGAGCGAUCUCGUGGUAUUGCUUACUUCCAGCUAUGGGGUCGUCUGGCCAAUUUCUUCACCACAUUUGUCAACCCAAUCGGUCUCGAAAAUGCUGGCUGGCGCUACCUCAUUUCAUAUGUGGUAUUCCUGGCCUAUGAGAUCGUCUUCGUGUACUUUAUGUUCCCCGAAACAUUUGGCCGAACACUAGAAGAAUUAGCAUUCUUAUUCGAAGAUAAGGCGCUUGCCGACAAGGCCGUUCACGCAGUCGAAAAGGCUGUUGGACUCAAUGGCGAAAGGGUUUGUCGGUAUCAAUCUACACAUAACCCAAAUAUGGCUCAACAUCGUGUCUUCCACGGCACAAUUAUCCACUGUCUCGGACUCCAGGAUCUAGAGAUAAUCAAAAAUGGAUUGAUAGUUAUCACACCCGACGGCAUCAUAUCAAAUCUAGUGAAGUCGAUUGAGCCAGCGUCAGUGCUGGCGCAUCUGGACACGAUUGGACUCUCUAAGCGACAGUGUGAUGUUCGCUUCCUUGAGAGAGGGCAAUUUCUCAUUCCGGGUUUCGUAGACACGCACAAUCAUGCGCCACAAUGGGCACAACAUUGGCUGGAGAAGCAUACCUUUCCGAACGAGGCCCGUUUCUCCGAUCCGGAAUAUGCGCGCCGUGUGUAUUCCGGCUGUAUCGACGGAUUCCUUCAGCAGGGUAUAACGACAGCGUCAUACUACGGAUCUAUACACCCCGAAGCCACUAAUAUAUUGGCUGAUCUUUGUCUUGAGAAGGGACAACGCGCAUUCGUAGGCAAAUGCAAUAUGAAUCGCGAGGCACCCGACUACUAUCGAGACGCAACAGUCGAAACUUCGGUGAGAGAGACACAACAAUGCCUAGCACAUACGAGGAAGAUCGAUCCGGAGGGUAGGCUUAUCAAGUAUGUGAUCACCCCUCGCUUCGCCAUAACCUGCGAGGAUGACUUGCUUGCCGGAUUAGGACGGAUAGCCAAGUCCAACCCCGAUCUACCCAUCCAGACGCAUUUCAAUGAGGCUGAGCAGGAGAUAUCGUAUACGAAGAAGCUGUUUCCGAAAUUCGAAAAUGAAGUGGACCUCUACGACCACUUUGGCUUACUAUCUAAGCGCUCGAUCCUAGCUCAUUGCUGCUACAUGUCCAAUUACGAACUGGAACGCUUCAAGGAGCUCGAAUGCGGUGUCGCACAUUGCCCUAUCUCUAAUAUGACCGUCGGUGGCGGCUUCAUGGCUGCACCCGUGCGCGAAUUCCUCCGGCGAGACAUCAAGGUAGGGCUAGGAACAGACAGCGGCGGCGGCUUCUCAAGCAGCAUGUUGGACACCAUGCGGCAGGCUCUCGUAGCUUCGAAUGCGAGAGAAGUGAUGAGCCAAGGCAAGGAUAAAGGACUCUUUGUCCAUGAGGUGUUCUAUUUAGCGACCCUUGGCGGCGCUCAAGUCUGCUGUUUGGAUGAGAAUAUCGGCAAUUUCUCUGUUGGGAAGGAGUUUGACGCAUUGUUGAUCGACUCGAAGGGCUCAGUACCCGGGGUUAUGACCAUGAUUGAAGAGCACGACACCAUGGACCUCAUGCUGGAUAAGUUCAUCAUGACAGGUGACGACCGCAACAUCAAAGAGGUUUUCGUUCGCGGGCGCCAAGUCAAAUAG